CUGGAGAUUCGGUAGAUGGCUCUAGACUGGGCCAGACGCUCUCAGGGGCGGCGUGCGGAGGGUUUGUGCAAACAUCUCGCUGAAGGAAGAGGAAUGCAAGAGGCGGCCGCCUGCGGUACAUCUUGGACCGUUCGGAGGAUGUGCUGAAACUUGUGACCCACAGCGAGAAAGAUGAGGCCGGGGCCGAGCUGGGCAGGGGCCCGGAGGAGGGCAGUGAGCCCCCUGCCUGGAGCCCAUGUGCUGCUCAUGGGCACCCCUGCUGCCCAGGGGGCUGGGCCUCUCUCCUCCCCCCGCGAGCCAGCUCGCUGGACCCCUGCGAGGCCCUUCCUGGCCCUUCUGCUUCUGGUUUCCAUCAAACAAGUUACAGGAUCUCUCCUUGAGGAGACAACUCGGAAGUGGGCUCAGUAUAAAGAGAAGUGUCUGAGAGACUUACUCAAGGAAACUUCUGGCGCAGUCUGUAAUGGGACCUUCGAUAAGUAUGUGUGCUGGCCUCAUUCCACUCCUGGAAAUGUCUCUGUCCCCUGCCCUUCCUACUUACCUUGGUGGCGUGAAGAGCUGUGUUUACUUUCAGAGAACUCAGGAAGGGCCUACAGAUACUGCCUGUCUCGGGGUGCUUGGCAGACGCUGGAAAACUCCACAGAUAUUUGGCAGGACAACUCCGAAUGCGCCGAGGAUGACAGCUUCAAACAAAAAGUUGAACACCGCUCCUUGCUGUCGACGCUGCAGCUGCUGUACACGGUGGGCUACUCUCUCUCCAUCGUCUCGCUCUUCCUGGCUCUCACCCUCCUCUUGUUUCUUCGAAAACUCCACUGCACACGUAACUACAUCCACAUGAACUUGUUUGCCUCUUUCAUCCUGAGAGCCCUGGCUGUGCUGGUGAAAGACGUCAUCUUCUACAAAUCUUACUCCAAGACACCCAACAGUGAGACAGAGUGGCUGUCCUACGUGUCGGAGAUUGCUGCCUCCUGCCGCUCAGCCCAGGUCCUCUUGCACUACUUCGUGGGCACCAAUUACUCAUGGCUGCUCGUCGAAGGCCUUUACCUUCACACACUGCUGGAGCCCAUAAUGCUUUCAGAAAGGCGGCUGUGGCCCAGAUACCUGCUGGUGGGUUGGGGCUUCCCAGUGCUCUUCAUUGUGCCCUGGAGCAUUGCCCGUGCUCAGCUGGAGAAUACAGGGUGCUGGGGAAACAACAGGAAUAAGAAUAUCUGGUGGAUCAUCCGAGGACCCAUGAUGCUUUGCAUAACGGUCAAUUUCUUCAUCUUUCUGAAAAUUCUCAAGCUUCUCAUUUCUAAGCUCAAAGCUCAUCAAAUGUGCUUCAGAGAUUAUAAAUACAGAUUGGCCAAGUCCACACUGGUCCUCAUCCCUUUAUUGGGCGUUCAUGACAUUCUCUUCUCUUUCAUCACUGAUGAUCAAGUUGAAGGAUUUCCAAGACUUAUACGACUCUUCAUUCAAUUGACUCUGGGCUCCUUCCAUGGGCUACUGGUGGCCUCGCAGUAUUGCUUUGCUAAUGGAGAGGUGAAGGCUGAGCUGCGAAAACAGUGGGCCCGCUUCUUGCUAGCCCGCCACUCAGGCUGCAGAGCCUGGGUCCUGGGGAAGAACUUCCGAUUCCUGGGGAAAUGUCCCAAGAAGCUCUCGGAGGGGACCAACUCCGGGUCGCUGCAGAAAGCGCGGCCCUGGCCUGGUGGUGGGCGGCUCCUGCACUUGACCAGGGAGGGCCUAGGGGUGGCGGGCACCCCGCCUCGUCAAGGCCACGCAGCCUGGCCCCGCGGCAGCAGCCUGUCGGAGAGCAGCGAGGGCUACUUCACCCUGGUGCACACCAUGGAGGAGAUCUUCAAGGAGAGUGAGAUCUAGGCAGGAGCCCACUGCACCGGUUCCCGCAGACUCCUGAGCACUUGAAGGAGGCGGCGGCCAAGCUGGAUGAUGCAGGGUGAGCAUCGUUCUGGCACACCCGGCUCUCUCCAACGCCACGACUCUUUCCAGGCUUUCCCUGCUCCGUAGACAGAGGCUGCAUACCCUCACCACUUCUGCCUGCCCUUGUCAUCCUCCUCACCCCUGCAGGUGUGUUUUCCAGAAUGACCACUAGCCUCCCGGGCUGGCCCUAAAUUCGAGUGACUGGAGCCUGAGGACUCAGAGAGAUGUCUGCUCUGAAACAGAGGCCAGCGCUCACCAGGUGUCCAUCUGAAGUCGGGAGCAGGGUGUCCCAGGACCACCUGCCAAGCGUUUCACAUGCAGAGUCUGACUCAUUCAUGGCAAAGAUACUGAGAGAGCACACCUGAGCACGUAGAUGGCCGGUGAUGGGACUUGUAUAACAAGCGCCCAGGCAAUUCUUACACAAGCCUACAUUUUGAAAAUCCAGGGCAGGAUGUGCUGGAACUAGAAGCCCCUCUGAGCUGGCCGCUGGUCCAGGGAGGCAUGCGGCGUUCUGCAGGCUGUGACCUGCCUGCCCUCCUUCUCUGACAGUGCGGAUCCCACUCCAUGGAAGUUCUGUCUGACCCGAGACAAGCUCAUCCUUCCUUGGAGUGUUGGCCCCAGCUCCCACGGCCCCUCUGAAAGUUGCCAUUGGUUGUUUUCUCACCCUUCUGGCUCCAUUUGCCUUUCUGAGUUUGACUUCUUCAAGCCUGACUUGUCUACUGUUCUCUUGGAGCCUGAGUCCUCAGGCUCCAGUCACUCGAAUUUAGGGCCAGCCCGGGAGGCUAGUGGUCAUUCUGGAAAACACACCUGCAGGGGUGAGGAGGAUGACAAGGGCAGGCAGAAGUGGUGAGGGUAUGCAGCCUCUGUCUACGGAGCAGGGAAAGCCUGGAAAGAGUCGUGGCGUUGGAGAGAGCCGGGUGUGCCAGAACGAUGCUCACCCUGCAUCGUCCAGCUUGGCCGCUGCCUCCUUCAAGUGCUCAGUUCUCAUGUUUGGUUUGCCAUCAGUGGCUGUACCUGCUUCCCUGGGGGGUUUACCCACUGCUCUCCCUGACCUAAGUCCCCACUAAUAAGAAUUCUACUCCUCCUAUGGAAAUUGAUGCUAAGACCCGGAGGGUACCCAGCUGAAUGAGAGGACUAUGGGUGAUCUGGACGUGUCAAGGUGGUACUGAGGGGGGCCAGGGCUAGGGAACCCAGUCUGCCGAUGGGGAAUGAGUUGUGCUGCAGGCCCUGAGUGGAGGAUGUUUCUGGAGGCAGAGGAGGGCCCAGGCUUAGGGACAAGUUCAGUGACUGAAACUGUAAGGCGAGAGGCUGAGGGAAGGUCAAAGGAGGAAUGCUCUAUGGAAAUAGGGUUUCGGUGUUCAGGAGUGUUGCUUUUAUUAUAUGUGAACUGUACAUGAGUGGGUGGGCGGGAUAUAUUGCUGUGGGGCCAAAUCCUGCCUUAUUUUAGGGGUAUGGGAGGUAUGAUGCUUAUCAAGUAUGGUUGCCAGAUUCAGCAGUUAAAAAUACACAAUCCUCAAUUAAAUUUGAAUUUUGGAUCAAUGAAUAAUAGUAUUAUCUAAGUAUAUCCCAUGGGAUAUAUUUUAUGUGAAAUUCAAGUCUAAUUGUACAUCUGGUACAUCACCUGGCAACUCCAUUGUCAAGGACACUUGGCAUCAGGACAGGGACCAGGGAGAGGCAAGUGAGGAACUCAGUUCAGGUGCAAAAUUGAAGAGAGUACUAAAAAUGAAAACAAAAACAAAACUCCACAACCAUCAAGUACUAUUUUAAUGCAAUAAAAAAGCAACGAUGAUUCCGUGAGCUACAGCCCAUGGACCAUUCAUAAAAAUGAUAUUUUAUUGGAACCAGGCCACGAUGAAGGUGGAGUAAGUGGGACCAUGAGAUAUAAACGCAGGGUCUGGUCCUGACUUUAAAAAUUUUUGAGAAACUUCCCCAGUGGUCCAGUGGUUAAGACUCCACGCUUCCACUGUAGGGCGUGUGGGCUCUAUCCUGGUUGGGGAACUAAGACCCUACAUGAUGCAGAAUGCAGCCAGAAAAAAUUUUUGAAUAUUUUGCUCUUAAUGGACAUUUUAACAUUAAUUUUUAUUUUAAAAUGAUUACAUCAAAGUAUUAUUUAUCUCGAUUACUGAGCUUUCGGUCACCCACCUUACAUUUUGCAUCUGCAGUGCCCAUCUUCCCCUCCCCCCAGGCCUGGCUCUGCUCUGCACCAGGGGAAACUGAAGCAUUGACCUUAGGCAGGUACAUAGCCAGGCAAAGGUUUCCUUUUUGUGUCCAGAUUAUCCACAAUUCAAUCAUUAAGAUAUAUGCCCUAGUUUUUUCAUUCUGUAAAAGUCUCUUCUGUUUCUCACUGGCUUAUUAGCACCUAGAAAGCUGGGCUGUGUGAAUUCCUAGCUGGUUCCCAGCAUAGCUGGUUGAGAACAGGUUCAGAACACAUCCGUCAAAGGAAACAAAGAAAUGUCUCGGGAGCACUGGAUGCUAUUGAGAGUCAGUUAUUCAGGGCCCAGCCAUUUAUAAAAGGGACUUUCAAAAAAGUGUUUGUAAAUAAGUCCUCCCCACUCACUCCAGAAAUGGGGUGCCACACACACACAGACUGCUUGCUUUUGUUCUGCUAAUGAUUAAAAUAAGUUUUUAAAUUGGA